AUGCCAACUUCGAAUAAUACUACCAUUAAUAAUGACAAACUGCAACAACAACAAUUAUUAAAGAAAUAUGAAAAACAAAUUCGAUGGAAGAAACUUGCUUUAUUAGCUAUACAUAUAUCACAAGCUGAACAAACCUAUUAUCGAUUUCAAAAUCUAUUCGAUUAUAAAUUAUCUAAAAUGUGGCAAAAUCAUCGUAAUAUUGUUAAAAAUCAAGGAAUGACUGCAACAUUAAUCAAUAUACUUGAACAACGUCUCAAUAAUAUUACUAAUUGUUCGAGAGAUGUUUAUAACUAUAGAAUUGAUUAUUUUCUACAAAAUUCUUAUGAUGAAUUGGAUCAUAAGAAUAUCAACGAAAUUGAACAAAUGAUGAAAAUUGUUUCAGUUUCAUCUUCAAUCAUUAUUGAUACCAUAUAUCGAUUCAAUGAUACACAAUUACAAUUAUUAAGUCAUGGACCAAGUUAUGUAUCACUAUGUUUAAUGUAUAUCUUAUUUUCAAAUGAAUCCAUGGACGAUACUGUCAGGAAACAAUUUGCAUCAUUCAAACAUCAAUUAAUCAAUCUUUUUGGAAAAUAUAAGAUUAGUUUAUCUUUACGAAUAGAAAUUCAAGAUAAAACUUAUAAAGAAUUUUAA